CUUCAGCAAGGUGUGAUUCAGUGAUUUUAGCAGAUAUAGUCGACACACAACAAUGAGACCACGCGCAUGAUAAGAUGAGACCUUGAUAACGAAGUGACGGGAGUAAACCGAGGGGACAAACAUGUCUGCAAGGAAGGAAUUUGAGGAGGCCUUGUGUUGCUACACCACAGAUACCCUUGCCUACAUCGACACAGUGAGAGGAUUCUGUGAGAGGAACCCGAAAUGGACUCUUGGGAGGGAGACAGAGUUGCACAUGAUGAUGGAUAUCAAAGACAGAGCUGACAAGAUCCACCUAAACAUCGGCCAUGUUACCCAAUCAGAGAAGAGGGGUAAGGCUAUGUGGGAAUAUAUGAAGAGCAAGGUAACUCAGAUGACUGCAGACAGCAGGCGUGCAGAGCUGGAGACAGAGCUGGCUGAUGUGCUGAAAGACACUCUGGGAGGUCUGGAGAAGCUCGACUGCUUCCUGGAUGCAGUGGAGAAACUGGCGGUCACCUCGCUUCAUGUGUUCAUGGAGGAGAACCAGGUGCUACAUCUGCCAGAAGGGAUCAGCCCUGAACAUGUUCAGGUUGUCAUCAUUGCUGCACGGCUAAUCUGCCCUCUCCUCCUCGAGUUUAAAAGAGAUGCAAGUGUCUUCUUCCUUCCCAAACUUCAGAAUGUGGAAGUGCUGUCAUAUCAGCUGAACAAAUACGUUCUGACCACCAAGACAAUCUGUGAGGAGUUAGAGAAAAGCUCCCUCUGUGAGUUUUGCCUGAAGGAGAACACAGAGACUUUGGUAGACCUCGAUGUGGAUUUGUCUGAAGAUGAUUUUCAAAGGAUGCUUUUUCACAUUAAUCAGCUUGAUGAAAUCAGGAUGGACCAGAACUUCCGGAUGGUGUUCUUGUUUCAGGAUGAGCCAUGUUCUGGCUUCAUUGAUGAGUUCAGUGAGCGACAGCCCAGAAUGCUGCAGUUUCUUAAAGACCUGGAGGAGAGUGCUGUUCAGCUGGACAGGAUGAAUACAGGAGCAAAGAUCUCCAGUGUGGCAGGAAGCUCAGUGGGGGCAGUUAGCGGUGUGCUUUCCAUCGUUGGUUUGGCAUUAAUUCCUGUAACAGCUGGAGUGUCUCUAACUCUGACAAUGGCAGGAUUAGGGCUGGGAAUAACCAGCGGAGUCAACAGUGCUGUAACCACUGCUGCAGAGAUUGGAGUAAAUCGCAAACAUCAAAUGAAAGCCAGUGAAGUUUUCCAGAGGUUCAUGGAGGAUGUGCAGAGUCUCCAGGAUUGUCUGUUCAGUUCAAUGGUUCCCAAAGUGGAAGCAAGUGAAGUGGAUGUGGUUCUGGGAGUUGGCAAGAUUGUAACUAAAGCUGGAACUGUUGGAAAAAGCAUUGAUUCAUUUACUGAUGCUGCCUCUGCUUUGUUAAAAAGUGACGAGGUGAUUACAAGUGCUGGCAGAGUGGCAGUACAGGAAGGAGAAACAUUGCGUAAUGUGCCCAGGGUGGCAGCAGAUCUCCCAGAUAUUGGACAAGCAGCUGUCAAAGGGCCUCUUGCCCUCUCCAAGUCAGCCAGGGCUGGUCUCAUUGGGCUCAAUGCUCUCUUCCUCGGCAUGGAUAUUGUCUUCAUCUGUAAAGACAGUAUGAGUCUGGCCAAAGGCAGCAAGACUGAAAUCUCGCAGUUAAUCAGAGCCAGAGCUGCUCUUUGGAGCUCUGAGAUGGACUCAUGGCAGAAGAUUCAUGACUCACUGACCAAAGGUGUGCAGCCAUCAGAGAAAAACAAAGGUAUCCUGGAGACGCCAUUUUAUCCAGAGAGGAAGAUGAAGAAACAAAGAGAAACAUUAACAGAAGUUUCAUCUGAUGAAGUGGAUGAAAAACCAGAAAUGGAAGAAAAAAAACUGUCUCAUACAGUAGUGCUCAGCGAAUAGAGACAAUUAUUGUUGGUGGCAGCAAUCACAAUAUGCCUUGUUGCCAGCUCUGACACUAAAAUCAGGUAGGAGAUCCAUUUAGUGUGUAGAAUUAAGUGGCAUCUGGCAGUGAGGUAACAGAACUAAAACUUGUCCCAUGUGCCAAACAUGUUAGAGAUCCACGGUGGCCGACAGAAAUGGCCCUACCUAGAACCAGUGUUUGGGUUGUCCAUUUCUGGCUACAGUAGAGCCACAUGGUGGACCUACGUGGGAGAGGACCUGCUCCAUAUAUUGAUAUAUACGGCUUAUUCCAAUGUAAUGAAAUCCCAAUUGUUUUCGGCUUCAGGUGAUUGUAAACUUAUAGAAACAUAGUUAUGAAUAUUAUAUACUAUUUCUGCCAAUAGAUUCCCAUAAACCCUACACACUAGAUAUAAUUGAUUGAUGCUUAAACAGGGUUUGAACACCGACUGUGGCUCCACAGUGGACCUCUUAUGAAGGAGUUGAUGCGGAGGCAGAAAAGCAGUUUGCAACUUCAUGAAGCAGUUUGAGUGAUGAUACAAACACGUUUGUAGCACUGACCAUGUGUGGUGUCUGAAACAUAAACAGCAGUACAGAAAUACUGAAUGGUUGGCAUGAACAAUAUCUUAAACAUCUGUACCCUCAUUUAACCACAAACACAUCCACAGUAUACAGAUAUAACAGCUGAAUUCUUGCUUCAUUUACCAGACAUAUAAAGUAGCUUUAUGAGCCAUGUGGUCUAAGACUAUUAUUCAACAGAUACUACAAAGGAACAGUUGGUAUAACCAUGUAAAUAUACAAUAACUGUAAAAAGAGGAAAUAAACUUGGUUAACUUAUCAUGGAAAUGAAGAAUAAUCAGAACAUAUCUUACAAUCUUCACAAACACAGAGAUUGUGCAUACUCUUUUACUGCUUACAGAAGCUGAGGAAGCACACAGUCUCCAAACAAUCAUGUGGCAACUGCACAGGCAACAACUCCCCCUACUGACCAAAUGGCCCUCCUGCUCUUCAUUUGAGUAAUAUUUCCAGCUGUCACUUGGAGCUUCUGAGGGAAUUCAGCACACAAGACCUUUAAACUCAGCUUACCUUUAACACCUAAGCCUCAAAAUGUCCGCCUGGACUUUUUUGCUUAUUUUAACUAUAAAAGGGCCUGAAAAUGUCCUGUGAGGAAGUGAUUUUGCCUGUUUUUCCAGAACACUUUGAACUUUCAAUAUCUGACAAUUAUUUACAAUUUACUGCAUGUAAUAACAAUGUAAUAACAGUUUUAAAUGAAGAAAAAACAAAAAACGGAAUUUGGUUUUAGAGAUUUAGUGAGGAAAAAACACUGCAAUUGUACAUGAACAGAUUUUGCAUAAUAAAUUUGAUAUUAUAACAGUAUAAAUCAUAUUUACAAUAAAGUUUUUUGAGUAUUUGUCUCUGAAUGUGCAAAAACAGAACAAAAUGAAAACUUAUAUACAGGCGUUUUUUUUUAAGAACAGUAUAAAACAUAUUCACAAUUUUUGAGUCUAUCUCUUAAUGUGCAAAAACAGACCAAAAUGAAAACUAUAUAUAGGUGUUCUUUUAGAACAGUAACAUAUUUACAGUGAAAUUUAUUGA